AUUCACUUCUUACUUGUUCUUCUAUUUUUUUUCUUUCCUCUUCGUUCUAUAAAAGCGUGUUCUCAAUUUCUAUGGAUAUUCUUCCUUGCACUCUCUUGUCUUCCUCUUCUUAGUUCUGUCUGCAACAAUUUUAGAUUCAGAAUCUGUUCCUUGACACUCUACAGAACGUCCUCUCUCUUUCGCUUCCGCUUUACCAGAGAAAAUUAAGAAGUCUUUGUUGUAGUGUGUGUGUGUGUGUGUGUGUUUUGAAAUUGUGAAUGGGAGCCCCAAAGCAGAAGUGGACAUCUGAUGAAGAAACAGCUCUUAAAGCUGGAGUACUCAAACAUGGAACUGGAAAAUGGCGUACUAUACUCUCUGAUCCUGAGUUUGGCUCAGUUUUGAAGUCUCGCUCAAAUGUGGAUCUCAAGGAUAAAUGGAGAAACAUAAGUGUAACAGCUUUGUUUGGAUCAAGGAGGAAGGCUAAGCUUGCUCAUAAGAGAACUCCUUCGUCGGGUGCUAAUCAGGAUGCUGACAACACUACAGCUCUCACCAUCGUGGCUCUGGCUAAUGGUCCAACAUCUCCUCCUCCUGUUCCUUUUGAAGGACCCUUUACAAGUGAGGAUAAGAUUAUCUUUGAGGCCAUUACCAACUCCAAGAAACCGUGUGACAAAAAAUCGAUCUGGCGGUAUAUAGAGGACAAUUUCAUGAUGGAACCGAAUAAGAAACGUCCUGUGGCUUUAAGACUUAAGUAUUUGACAAAUGUUGGAGUAUUAAUUAAGACAAAGCACAGAUACAAGAUCUCUCCCAACUUUAUGGCUGCAGCAGAAAAUCUGACGUCUCAAAGACCUGAGGAGAAUGGCGUCAGAGAUCCUUCUCAAUCCCGAGUGGAUGGAGAGUUAAACAUGAUAAAUGGCAUGACAGAACAAGAAGCUGCUGUAGCCGCCGCAAGAGCAGUGGCGGAAGCAGAAUUCGCAAUCGCUGAAUCUGAGGAAGCGGCAAGAGAGGCAGAUGAAGCAGAAGCUCAAGCUGAAGCUGCCUUCAUUUUUGCAAAAUCGGUGAUCAAAGCUUUGAAGUAUAGGAUGCGUAGCCAAAACUCGGAAUGGAGGAUCGGACCAAAACAUCUCUUCGUGAUCUUUGCAAUUCGCAUACUCAAACAGCAUGCGACUAAGGCCAUUUCAGGUAUAAGGCCAAAGAAAGAAGAAGCAGAGUCUGAGCGUAAUGACGCUGGUUCCAGUACUGCAAUCGUACCUGCACUUGAUGACAAGAAGAAGAAUAAGAUGAAGUUCAUGUGGAAAGCUGGUAUUGGCAAUUUCGUGGCUUCAGGUAUCGUCGCUUACAUCGACGGACGUUUGUGUCGACAGAUUCCAAAUCCAAUAUCUCGUCGGAUCGUGAGUGGGUUUCUCUUAAGUUUUCUUGACAAAAGCACUGAACAAUAA